GCCGAAGGGGCGGAAGAGUUUUCAAUGCUCUCCUAGAGUAAUGUUCAUAUUGCCGUGUCCUGGUCGGCUGUGGAGUCGCUCUGUGCCUGGAGGAUGGAGGUGGAGAACCGCGGUAUCCACUUCCUGGAAACUCACAGGGCUGAGCUCAUACAGAGUGUGAGCGAUGUUAUGCCCAUAGCCGACAAAAUGAUGUCAAGGAAGUUGAUCCAUAAAGAAGCGUAUGAAAAAAUACGUGCUGCUCGGACGAGCCAGGAAAAAAUGAGGGAUGUGUAUGAUGCCUUGCGACCCGGAGGAGACGAAGUGAAAGCAGAGCUAUACAGGAUACUACGGGAGGAAUGUCCGCUCAUCAUUCAGAAACUGAGCAGUCCUUCAUCUUGCUCAGCUAGAGAGGUGGACACUGCAAGAAAGAAGUACAUUAACCACAUCAAAUCAGAUUGUGCAGUGGUAAAGGAAUACAAUUCCCUCAUUGGAGAACGUGUGUGGCUGGAUGAUCGCUACAUGGAUCUGUUGCUUAUUCAGCAACAUCGCAAGGAGAACGAGAGAACGGAAGAACUGAGGUCUAAAGGAAACACCUUACAGCAAGUUCUGAGUAAGAGGGACAGCAAAGACUUUCGAAACACACGAAUUGAAUGCCUGUUUGACUCUGUUCCACAUGGAGUCACAAGUAAAACGGUUGUAUUACAAGGUCAGGCUGGAAUUGGAAAAUCUUUCACAACUUUGAAAAUGAUGUCUGACUGGGCAUCUGGGAAACUCUAUUCAGAUCGCUUCAGUUAUGUAUUUCUUCUCAGGUGCCAAGAGUUGAAUCUCAUUGCCCAUAAAGUAAGUCUUCAUGAUCUAAUCCUGUAUUGUUGUCAAGAUUUGGAACCUGUAAUCCCUCAGAUCCUGUCCCAACCAGAGAAGGUCCUUUUCAUUGUUGAUGGCUUCGAUGAGCUGAAACUAUCCGAAGAAGCUCUAAAGGAUUUCACUACUGACCCUUAUGAAAAAAUGUCAGUGGAACAGAUUAUGAACAGCAUUCUAAGAAAGAAGGUCUUGCAGAAUUCUUGUCUGGCAAUUACUACUAGACCCAUUUCCAUAAAGAUACUUGAAAAAAUCUUGAAAAACCCUGCUUACACGGAGAUACUUGGCUUUUCUGAGAACAGAAUAAAGGAAUACAUUCAGAAAUUCUUUAAAGAUGAAAAAAAAGUAGAACGGGCUUUCUGUUAUGUGAAAGAACAUGAAGGUGUGUUGACAGCCUGUUUUGUUCCCGUCAUGUGCUGGAUUGUUUGCACAGUGUUGAGAGAACAUUUUCAGGAAGGUACAGAUAUAAGUCACAUCCUGGAAACAGAAACCUCAAUAUUCGUGUACUUUGUUUCCAUCAUAUUGAAGCAUCACUGCCAGGAGUCUAGUCUACCUCCCCAGGACCUCCUACAGCGACUUAGCAUUCUGGCUAAAAGUGGAAUAGACAAAAAUGAAGUCUUGUUGAAAGAGGAAGAGGUGAACAGCUUUUUUUCAGAUUCUGCCCAAGUUCCAUCUUCUUUCUUGAACAAAAUCUUACUGAAGAAAAGUAUCGGUUGCAAGACUGUCUACAGCUUCAUGCACUUGACCUUCCAAGAGUUCUUUGAUGCACUUUCAUACAUCCUCUGCGAUGAAAAGGAUGCAAAGGAAAAUAUGGAAACAUUACUAAAAAAACACACAUUUCCCGAUGCAAAGGAAAAUAUGGAAUCAUUCCUAAAACACAAAUUUUUUUUCUUAUUCACUGGUUCAGUGUCACCAUUUCUUUUUGGCCUUUUAAAUACAAACACACUGCAGUUCCUGAAGGAAGAGAUGACCAUAUCCAUUCCAAGUGGAGUUAAGCCACUCUUGUUGGACUGGCUGCAAAGUUUCAUAUCAAGUAUCCAGAAUUUUUGCUCUUCUGAGGAAUCUGACUUUUUUUUUCGUUGCUUGUAUGAGUUGCAUGACCCUCAGUUUUUAUGCGAUGUGAUGCAAAAUGUUGAAUCGAUGCAGCUGUCCUUUAAAACAACAGUUUCCCCUGUCUUUUACUGCCUUCGGGGGUGCGAACGUUUAAAGUCCCUUGAUCUUUAUUCAUGUAAAUUCACUGAGAAGGUGCUGGAAAUGCUGCAGCCAGUCGUUAUGAAGUGUGAAGUAUUAAUACUGGAUACUAGAAAUAUAAGGGAUGGAGGAGCUCGAGUACUGAGCACAGUGCUGAAGUCUCACAAUUGUAAAAUUCAAAAUCUCAGCCUGUUAAAUUCUGGUCUAACAGAUUCUUCUAUUGAUGAACUUUGCUGUGGUCUACAGAAAUUAACAUGUUUAACAAGGUUUUGCCUGGGCGCCAAAAGGUUGUCAGAUGACAAGUUGGGCACUUUAUUGUCCACCCUGAGCACACAGAAAGAUCUGUCUGUCGUGAAACUCUCUGUGAAAGAGAUUACAGAGAAAACUGCGUCCAGCUUGACCUGUUUCAUUCUACAGUGCUACAGUCUCCAGGAAGUUCUGUUGGAAUAUAAUGAUCCUUCUGAAAGUGAUAUGGAAGAUUGUAUGUCGGCUAUAACUUGGGAUCUAAGCAUAACCUUGACACGACCUGACGUUCCAGAGAAAGAAGUGAAGUUCAAGCAGGAAUUCACAACCUAUCGUGAAGCGGAUUUACUCUGCCAGGCUUUCAGAAAUGAAGGGCUUAUCGUAAAGACUUGUAGCCUGACUAUGCGGAAUGGCAAAGACCUGAUCCCUACUGUUACCCUACAGCACAUGGUAACAGAGCUGAAGCUGACGUGGUGUAUGGGCACGGAAAAGCUUGUGUCCGCGGUAACUUCAUUUCUGCAGGGAUGUCACAGGCUUCAGCAUUUGGAAUUUGACCCUUGGUGUUCUGAAGAUGACACCGACUCAGUUUUGCUUGAUGACGGUGAUGUAUAUGAUCAGUACCUUAUGAAACUUCUCCCCACUUUAACUUCUGCCCGGCUUCUGUCAGGACUUAGCCUGAAUUGGGAAUGUGUCACACAAACGAGAGCCACCAUCUUACGAGAAUUUUAUCUGCGUUGUCCUGGACUCAAGAUCAUUCAUCUAAAUACAUUCAACCGUAUGUAUGGAAGAUACCUGUUUCUGGCAGAAAUUCACCUUCAAGGUGAAUCCAGUCCUGAAAAUGUGCUUCACAUCUUGUUUUGGUCACCUCAAACUUCCAGCCUUAAUUCAUUUUGCGACAUAAUGGAAGAGGCUGGUUUCUCAUUCAGAAAUUCUGGUCUUGUAUUUUUAGAACUGGACUGCAAGGAUAUUGAUGGGCUGAACUGUGAACUGAAGGUACACCACUUCAUCAGAGCCUUUGUUUGUGAGAAAAGCAAGCUGACAGAUGGGACAGUGCAUCACUUGAGUAGCUUUCUUCAGAAAUGCUGCAACCUGGUUACUUUCAGAUUGUUUGACUGCUGCUCCCUGUCAGAUGAGGGUCUGCAAGGUCUGCUGUCCCCUCUGCGUUUGAUGGCAUUUCUGAAGGAAGUAGAAAUUCCGGUGUCCUGCCUCACAGCCCCACUGGCCCUCGGUUUCGUCUCCUUCCUCCAGAGCUGCGAUCAUCUGAAGCUACAGCUGAAUUGUGACUGGCUGAAAGAGGAGGGGAUCAGAGUUUUUCACGAGUACCCAGGAAGGCCAGACUGCGAGGGGACCGUCGCUGGGGCGAACUGUGACUGGCUGAUAGAGGAGGGCAGUGCAGUGCAUCCCGACUCCCAAGGAAGCUCAGGCUGGAAGGUGUCACAUGAAACUGGGUUUAUCAGAGCUCUUGGCAGUUAUUUCAAAAAGUCAGACUGGAAGGUGACGAUCACUGGGUGGCGGUGCAACAAGGAGACCAAUCACUGCACGGAGGAGGGGCAGAGGGAGCUGAGCUGUAACUCCUACAUUACCAUGAAAUUUCGAGAGGAUCCGCAAAUACAGCCAGAGCAACAGCAGAGGGAGGAGUUUCUUCAUGAACCACUUUUGAAACAAAAGAUGGAACAUGAGUGAAGUGUUAUUACCCUCUUUUGAAAAACCCCUCGUUUUUGUUUUCCAUGUUACUGUUUUAGGGGCCAAUAUUGAGCAAUGUUAGAAAUUUGUGUAUAUUUUAUAUAGUGUUUGCUAUAUAAGGUUCUAUAUACAGUACAGUAUGUAGUGGCUGCUUCACUAGCUCAGCUUAUAGUGUCUGUUAGUCUCAAGGUCUUUUUGAAUUGAGUUAUAUGUUGCUUCGGAGAAAAAAUGUUGAUACGUGUAAAUAUUGCCCAUGCAUACAUGUAUACGUUUUACCAAGCCAAAAACUGAUGCAUAUGUUUCAUACAUUUGCCUGAAAAUCAAUCCACACAAGCGGAACCUGGGGAGAGGAAGAAAUCUCUUCCUGACCCCUUUUCAGGAAGGAGGACAAGAGAGAAUGAGUGAAGUGUUAUUAGAGCCUUACCCCACCUUUCUUUUGUUCCAUUAACAGUUUGGAUGUAGCAAUAUUUUAUACACUUGUGUGUGUAAAUGUAUCUGUACACUAAAAUUGUUUUAGACCAUUUUUCCAAAACCUGGAUCUAAUGUGGGUCAUGACUCACGCUCAAAGGGGUAGAAUGUGCAAUGCAUUACACAGUUAAUCUGUUGUUUCUGUUUUCUAUCUACUGGGAAAAAGGGGAUUUUCUCUGAGUUUUGAUUUAUAGGUAAUAAUCAUGUAUUCCUAGUCUUACUAUGGUUGGUGUCUUUUAUGCAAUACAUUUUUGGAAGAGUGGUUGGCUUGGCUGUAAAACUCCUAGCAGGAUUGUUCUAAUUAUGCUUUUUCACACUGUGUGUGGAAUAAAGACUCAGA